GCCUGGGUGAAAGGUCGGCGCGCCAGCGACACUCCCAACAUGGCGGCGGCCGGGGCGGUUUCGCGUAGCCCGCGAGCCCGAGCUUCACGCCCGCCCCUGUCCCCUCCACAGGCCGUGCGGCUGCCGGGGCUGCUGCUGCUCUUGGCCGCGGCUGGCCCUGGCGCGGACGGCGCGGCCCGGCUGUACCGCGCGGGCGAGGACGCCGUGUGGGUGCUGGACAGCGGCAGCGUGCGCGGGGCCACGGCCAACAGCUCAGCCGCGUGGCUCGUGCAGUUCUACUCCUCCUGGUGUGGCCACUGCAUCGGCUACGCGCCCACGUGGCGGGCGCUGGCCGGGGACGUGCGAGACUGGGCCGCUGCCAUCCGUGUGGCCGCGCUGGACUGCGCAGAAGAGAAGAACCAGGAGGUGUGCCGCUCCUACGGCAUCCACUUCUACCCCACCUUCCGGUAUUUUAAAGCGUUUACCAAGGAGUUUACCACAGGAGAAAACUUUAGAGGGGCUGACAGGGAGCUUCGGACAGUCAGGCAGACAAUGAUCGACUUCCUGCAGAAUCACACGGAGGGCAGCAUGCCACCGGCCUGCCCAGCUCUGGACCCGAUCCCGCCCAGGGACAUCCUCGCCCUCCUCGGCAGCCCCAGUGGUAGCUACGUGGCUGUGCUGUUUGAAGACAGCAGCUCCUACGUGGGACGGGAGGUGAUUUUGGACCUGAUUCCCUACGAGAACAUUGAGGUGCGCCGAGCCCUGGAUGGGGACCAGGCCGUGCUGGAGCAGCUUGGUGUGACCGCACUGCCUUCCUGCUACCUGAUCCACCCCAACGGCUCUCACGGUCUGGUUCGAGUUGCGAAGCCUCUACGAUCCUUUUUUUCCUCAUAUUUGAAGUCAUUACCAGAUGUAAGGAAAAAAUCCCUUUCCUUGCCUGAAAAGCCCAGCAAAGAAGAAAACACAGAAAUCAUGGUUUGGCGAGAGUUUGACAGGGCCAAAUUGUACACUGCUGACCUGGAGUCGGGGCUGCACUACCUGCUGCGGGUGGAGCUGGCCACCCACAGGUCCCUGGCCGGAGCUGAGCUGAAGACCCUGCGGGACUUCGUAACGGUUCUUGCCAAGCUGUUCCCCGGUCGGCCGCCUGUCAGGAAGCUGCUGGGCACGCUGCAGGAGUGGCUGGCCACACUGCCCCUGGACAGGAUCCCCUACAAUGCUGUCCUGGACCUGGUCAACAACAAGAUGCGGAUUUCUGGGAUUUUCCUCACCAACCAUGUACGGUGGGUGGGAUGUCAAGGAAGCCGCCCAGAGUUGAGGGGCUACCCGUGUUCCCUCUGGAAGCUUUUCCACACCCUGACCGUCCAGGCCUCUGCCCAGCCAGAGGCGCUGGCUGGCACGGGGUUUGAGGACGACCCCCAGGCCGUGCUGCAGGCUGUGAGGCGGUACAUGCGAACCUUCUUCGGGUGCCAGGAGUGUGGCCAGCACUUCGAGGCGAUGGCCGCAGAGUCCCUGGACACCGUGAAGACCCCAGACCAGGCAGUGCUGUGGCUCUGGAGGAGGCACAACGCCGUGAACAGCCGGCUGGCAGGUCAGCUGAGCGAGGACCCCAAGUUCCCGAAGGUCCCGUGGCCCACUCCAGACCUCUGCCCUGCCUGCCAUGAGGAAAUCAAGGGCCUUGACAGCUGGCACGAGGGCCAGGUACUGGCCUUCCUGAAGCAGCACUAUGGCAGUGACAACCUGGUGGAGACAUACUCUGUGGACCUGGGGGACGCUGGGGACACAGGCGCCCUGGGCCACGGGCUGGUAGAAGGCAGAGGACUCACCGCCCCACAGAGGCCCCAGGGGGACCAGCGUGCAGUGAGUCUCCGCCCACCCCCGGGGCUGGGCCCCAGGACUAGACCUCCCAAGAGCCCACAGCACGGGCUGGACAUGCGAGCCCCGAGUGCCCAGGGGCCCCAGGCACGUGAGGAGGUGGCCGUGCCCUUCCUGGGCAUCGGCUUCUCCAGCCUGGACAUGAGCCUCUGCGUGGUGCUGUACGUGGCCUCCUCCCUGUUCCUCAUGCUCAUGUACUUCUUCUUCCGAGCACGCUCCAAGCGGUGGAAAGUCCGGCUCUACCACCCUGCUGUGUAGCGCUGCUUGCCUGCCGGGUGUCAGGCAGCACCAGGGGCCAGGACUGCCCCCACCACCACGGCCCUACAGCUCUGAGGUUCAAAAUCAGGGGUUUUAUAAACAUGUUGGGCCAGGACCCCCCACAUAGCCCCAGGGCACUGGUCCUGUGGGAACACUGCACCGGGGUAUCUCUCCGCGGCCUCCCUGCUGCGCCACUGCAUCCCUCGCCAGGAACAGAAGAGUAAAGGGCCACUACAGGGCUCCUCAGAGACUCCUGCAGGGCCUGUGUCCACCUGGAGAGACUCCCUGGAGGUGGCCUCAAGGUGGAAUGGCAGGGCUGCAGCAUUGGCCUUUCUGGGUACCUUGAAGGAGAGGCAGACGUGCCCUGGCUUUGCUGUCAGUGCCUUUGGCCACUUGGCAGCUUCUGUGUGAGCUGUGGCCGUGGUCGCCCUGGGCACAGCAGCAGCAGAAGCUCUGGUCACCUAGUGCCUGCAGGCCAGAAGGGCCAGGAGUUUUGUGGCUUGGCUUUCUCAGAGUCAACCUAGGGACCAUAGGAGGAAACUUGGGCCUUAGAAGGGCCAGGGUGGUGGCAAUGCCUUCUGUCCCUUGGCAGCAGGGAUGGGAGGGCUGCCCCAGUGUGGCUGUCUAGGACCGACAUGGGCAGUGUCUGGAGAGCUGCACAGAAGGCCCUUCAUGCCUGGGUUCCUCCUCACCCUGUGCCAGGGGAACUGGGGGACUUCAGGAGGAGGCCGAGGCCCUGGAUGAGGAGGAGUCGUGCUGGGGCAGCCUUCCGGCUUCUCAGGAGCAUCUGCCUGUUUCACAGUGUAAAGCACAUCCCCUGCAAAGCCCAGCACCACACUGGUGAGCUCCUGUCGCAGAGUUUAGCAGGACACAAUAGGCCUUCCCUGGACCCUGCCUUGGACUCCUGAGUCCAAGGCUGCUGUCCCAAGCUGCUGUUUUGGAUAAGCGGGUUGGUGCCCCGGUAUGCUUGAGUGUGCACCUGCACAUGUGUAUGACCAGGAGAGUUGUAAAUAUUUUUCCACUUUCCUAUCUCAUACUCCCUUGUUUCCUAAGGACAGUCUGUCGUGAGCACUGUCCUUGCUGCCCUGUGAGUCAUGUGGACAGCUGUUGCUGGUUGGGGAAGCCGGCCGGAGCAAGGGGAGGGGCAGGGAGCACACCGCCUGCUGGAGGAUUGUGAGCGGUCUUGGCUGCUAGUUUUGUGCCUGGGUCAUUGGAGGUGCUGUCCCUGUCCCCUGGAGAACCCUCAGCUGUGGGGCACUGGCUGAGUCUUUACCCGGGAGGUAGAUUCUGAACCCAAGUCACUGCCUCUGAAGCGGGGGCCAGUGGUCAGGCAGGGGAUCUGUGGUCCAUGCUGCUCUGGCCAGGGCUGGGUGGCUGGUACAGUCCCCCACACAUCACAGGCCCAAGGCCACCUGUGGGCAGUCGUGAGGUCUCUUUCCUAAGUUCUAAGUAUUCAAGAGGCAUGGAGGCUGAUGAAUGUAAUAGUCCAGUAAUUUAAAUGUUUAUUUAUUUUAAUGGAAAGAUUUUGAUUAAAAAGCCAGUUGACAUGGAA